CGCACCAGAGGACGCCACGGUUCUCGCAAAAUGGCGUCCAACUUGGUAAAAUCGACUGCUCGAACGGUAAAACCCUUGCUUUCGCUGGACCAGAGCGAAGCGAGGCGAAGGGCCCUGAACUUGUACAAGGCUUGGUAUCGUCAGAUGCCUCACAUAGUGAAAAUCUACGACAUACCGGUAUCAGCGGAGCAAGCAAGGGCCAAGCUGCGGGAAGAGUACCUCAAGAACAAGCACGUUCGAGACAUUCGGGCCAUCGACUUGCUAGUUAUUAAGGGCCAAAUGGAGCUUGUGGAAACGCUCAGUAUCUUCAAGCAAAAAUCCCACGUUAUGAAUUACUUCAAGGAAACUGUCAACCCGAAGCCUACAGACUUUAUGUCAAAGUUCCUUGCGGGUUACUAGAAGCCUACAGUUCGUCGGAGGCGGCUAUCGCGGCCAGGUUGGCAGGCCUCUGAAGCUUCAAACUGCCACACGUUGCAAGCAAGAACUAGUUGUUGAACUGUACAUAAAGCACCUUAGCAAUCAAUAAACAACGUUUGAAAACAAA